AUGUUUUCUUCCUACUAUGACUCUUUUUAUGCACAAGAUGGCACUGGUCAGACCCCAUGUUUGUCUCACUGCCUGGACCCUCCCCUGAGUUUGUUUUGGGCCAAGAAUCUAACAGCACGUAUUCGCCGCUACUCCGACGUGAUGUCUCUUCCGGACUCGUUCAUCCAGCGGCAGCAGCUGGACGCCAGUAUGGCCGACACAUUCCUGGAGCAUCUCUGUCUUCUGGACAUCGACCAGGAGCCGAUCACGGCUCGCAACACCAACAUUAUCUGCACAAUCGGUCCCGCCUCAAGAUCAAUCCCCAAACUGCAGGAGAUGGUGAAAGCGGGAAUGAACAUCGCUCGGCUAAACUUCUCUCACGGAUCACAUAAGUACCAUGGAGAAACCAUCAAAAACAUCCGGGAGGCGGUGGACACCAUCACCUCGGACCCACUCUAUUAUCGACCCGUGGCCAUCGCGCUGGACACCAAGGGCCCAGAGAUCCGCACUGGAUUAGUCAAAGGGAGGGUGGAGGAGGAGGUGGAGCUGAAAAAAGGCAGCCGCGUGCGAGUGGUGACAGCCGAAAGUGAGAAAGACAAAACUGACGGAGCAGUGAUCUGGGUGGAUUAUCCCAGUCUGCCCAAAGUCCUGGACAAAGAUGGCACCAUUUACAUUGACGACGGCCUGAUCGCUCUCAAAGUGCUGGAAAUAGGGGACGACUGGGUGGACUCAGUGGUGGAAUCAGGGGGUCUUCUCUGUAGCCGGAAAGGGGUGAACCUCCCUGGCUGUGACCUGAUUGCACUGAAGGCUGUGAGCGAACGUGACGAGGCAGAUCUGCGGUUUGGCGUGUCACAGGGCAUCGACAUGGUGUUCGCCAGCUUCAUCCGCUCGGCACACGAUGUGAGGGACGUACGCAAGGCUCUUGGUCCGUACGGCCAGGCCGUCAAAGUCAUCAGCAAAGUGGAGAGUCGCCAGGGAGUCCAUAACUUUGAGGAGAUCUUGGCCGAGAGCGACGGGGUGAUGGUUGCUAGGGGCGACCUGGGCAUUGAGAUUCCGGCAGAGAAGGUCUUCAUCGCUCAGAAGAUGAUGAUUGGACGUUGCAACUCGGCAGGAAAACCUGUCAUAUGCGCCACGCAGAUGCUGGAGAGCAUGGUGUCCCACCCGCGUCCCACUCGAGCGGAGGGCAGUGAUGUGGCCAACGCGGUGCUGGACGGAGCGGACUGCGUCAUGUUGUCGGGGGAAACAGCCAAAGGACAGUACCCAGUGGAGGCAGUGGCCAUGAUGCACUCGAUCUGCAGGGAGGCAGAGGGGGCAAUCUUCCAUCACCAGCUGUUCGAGGAGCUGAGGCGGCUCACCCCACUAUCCUCUGACCCCACAGAGGUCACUGCCAUCGGGGCCGUAGAGUCGUCCUUCAAGUGCGGCGCUGGGGCCAUCAUUGUGCUCACCACCACUGGGAGGUCGGCACAUCUGCUGUCACGGUACCGUCCCCGCUGCCCCAUCAUCGCAGUCACACGCAGCCCUCAGGUGGCCCGGCAGUCGCAGCUGUUGAGGGGGGUGUUUCCAGUGCUCUUCCACCCGCUGCCAGCUCCAGUGUGGGCCGACGAUGUGGACAACCGCGUCAACUUCGGCAUGGACAUAGGUAAGGCGAGAGGGUUCUUCAAAGUUGGAGACAUGGUGAUCGUGGUGACUGGGUGGAUCCCGGGCAGUGGACACACCAACAUCAUGCGAUCGGUCAAUGUCCCUGAAGCGCUCCGUCUGAGUCCGAGUCUAGACCUGACUCCACAGCGCAUGAGUGACGCUCAGCACCCCGGCUCUGAGUUCACCAUGAGCGGCACAAGCGAGAGGGAGGGCCGCGGCUUAAGAGCAGCGUUUCAAGGACGAGGAAGGAGGAACGCCACAGAGACUGAGAGGACAAACCACACGCUCUGA